AGGCUGGGGAAUAAUAAGUGGAGAUGUAUCCUCAUAUUAUCUCCUCUGUAAACAUUGGGUUGUACACUGACCCACUUCCAGGAUGUGUUUUUAUUUAUACUGUAAUUCUAUUAUCAGAGGACAUUGUGCACAGAGGUACUUCUAUAUAACAGCAAAGCCCAACUCUAGACAGAUUUUAUUUGUGGGUGGAGUGAAGAAGAGUUGUACCUAGGUAUUCCUGAUAUAUUCCUGACAUGUCUGGCAGCUUCUAUUUUGUGAUUGUGGGACAUCAUGACAACCCAGUAUUUGAGAUGGAAUUUCUGCCCCCAGGAAAGACUGAGUCGAAGGAUGAUCAUCGCCAUCUGAACCAGUUCAUCGCCCAUGCAGCACUUGACCUAGUAGAUGAGAACAUGUGGUUGUCAAACAACAUGUACCUCAAGACAGUUGACAAGUUUAAUGAAUGGUUUGUUUCUGCUUUUGUAACAGCUGGACAUAUGAGAUUCAUUAUGCUGCACGAUGUCCGGCAAGAAGAUGGAAUAAAGAAUUUCUUUAAUGAAGCGUAUGACUUGUACAUCAAGUUUGCCAUGAAUCCUUUUUAUGAAACCAACACCCCUGUACGAUCUACUGCUUUCGAUCGUAAAAUACAGUUCCUUGGCAAGAAACAUCUAUUAAGCUAAAUGAAGCAGUCACAUGGAACUGAGCAAGCUUGAUAUUUAUUCCAUUAUGAGCCAGAGUGCAUCCUGUGAGAGCUACGACAUCCUAUUCUUUUCUCCAAGAAACUUUUAUUGGAUUUUUUUUCCCAAUUGACAACUCUUUACUGGAUUGCCUAAGAGUAUGCAAUAUGUAUUAUUACAGAUAUAUCCUAGAGAUUGUGGAAAUACAUAAGAGACCAAUUGAC